UAUUUUAAUAAUUUAUCUGUAUCUGAAGAAAAGGAUGUUGCUGAAUAUUUGGAGAUAUUAAAACAAUUGCAGAUAUACCAUUUGGAAGAAAAAUAUCAGUUGGCAACGAUAUUUGUGUUGUUAGCAGUGAAGAAAAGUGUUACUAAAAAACUGAAACGAAAUAUCGAUCAUAUUUUGCAAAGUAUUUACGAAAUGAGUCCAAAGAACCCGGAUUUGUACAAAAUAUUCCCCGUGAAUUUCUUAUUUUCUUUCACAACUGAUACACAAGAUGCUUUGAUAGAAUUAAUGACACUUAAAAUAAAAACUUCAAACAAUUUGCUUUUAAUCAAAAGCACGUUAGAAACUGGUGUCAAAAAAGUAAAAACUGAUAGCGAAAUUGUGAAAAGCAUAGUUAAAAUACUUCUUAAGAAACAAAAAAGCAAAAACAACUCCGAGUUAUUUUCCGAUCCAGUGUUUCAAAUAAGCUGUAUAAUUUUGCCUAUUAUAGCUAAAGAAAAGCGAGCUAUCACUACAAGCGCGUACAGAUCUAUAUUAGCUGAUUUGCAGGAAAAAAUACACAAGACCAUGCUAGAUGCGUUUAAGAAGAUCGAUUUUAGUGAGAAUUUAUUUCAAGAUACUGGCAACAUUGAAGAUUCAGUGAUGUCUGACAAUGCAAUGGCGGCACUGAACGCGAUGGAGGCAUAUUCUCUGACGUUGUCGAAAUAUUGUGAAACUAAUGACGCUGCGGAAAGCAAGAAUUUGGACUUCCUUUGGUCUGGAUUUAGCUUUUUCAUGGAGAAUGCUAUCCAAGCAAUACAAAACCCAGAUUCAAAACCACCACACAUCGAAUCUUCCAUCCAUUUACUGAACGUAUCACUUCGCUACAUAAAAAAACUAGAACACCACGACAUAUUCAAAGACAAGGACGGUUUGUUUUUAAAAAUAUGGCGAAGCGUCAAAGAGAGAUUGCUUAUGGGUGAUAAACAAAAGAGGAUCAGCGAUAGUUGUUUAGAGAAUAUAAGUGUGGCUUUGAAGUUUGUGUUGGAGUACUCGUCUGUUGAGUGCUUUAGCAAGCAGUUCGUUGGGGAUUUGGGCAGUUUGGCAGCAUUGAAGGACCCUAUCACCCUAAAAGACGAAACCGCAACCACAUUACUGACCUCCCACAGAGUAUCAAAGUACCUCACCACCCAAUGUCUAAAAGCCAACUUAAUAGGCCCCAAAUGCGCCGCCCUGUCCAAAGAGAUAUAUAAAAGUUGUAAAACAUUAAGGUCUUGGGUUCAGGAUAAUUUUGAGUAUGGGUUAGAGGUUAAGGGGGAGAGGGUAGUGGGAGAAAAGGAGGUGGUGGUAGAGGGGGUGGUUUGUGACGUGCUGAGGAGCCAUUUGGACGUGUUGGCGGAAAUCGUCUUGGCUGCUAGGAGGAUAAUCCUCGACUACAAAUUCCUAGACUCAAUCUUCGAGCUCCUCCACCAGAUACACGGCAUUAUGUGCUGUAACAACAAGCGCGUAAGGUGCAUAGUGGAGUGGCUGGCGUUCUUCAAGUUGUACGAUGGGUCUACAGCGGUUUUGAACAGCUUACUCGUAUCUAGAGAAGAGAUUUUGGAAGACAGAUGGCCGUGCUACAUGCAAUGCUACAGGGCGCUCGUAUUUUCUUUGUGCGAACGAUCUUCGUCGCAAAUCGAACUGGAUAAAGCUACUGAAGACAGACUGGCUGAGGCGGCUCAUUCUAUAGAGAAACUAACCCAAUCCAUCUGCAAGCGGAAGGCCCACAUAUCCCGUCUCGCUACAUACACAGUCGCCGACAUUUCCUCCUGGCUCGAGCGCACCGCCCCCUCCAAAAUGGUGCGGCAGCAUCUAGAAAAUUCCGUAGUACUGUUCAUACAAGCGUCAGACAGUAAUCAUGCUAUGGCGUUCUUAAGGAGGGCUUUGGCUGGCUCGCCGGGACAAAUGACUAUGACUAAUUUGUAUACUAUGUAUAAGAGAUAUCAUAAGUACACUGGCAAUGCUUAAUAGUACGUUGAUUUAAAAUGAUUGAAAACGCAAAUAAUUACUAUGAAUUUUUGAGUAGGUAACUGUUCAUACUAGCGUCGAUAGUACUAAUACUACUCAGUACUCAUGCUAUGAUAAGCUGGCUCAUCUGACCCUUUAGCACAACUUGUGCUGGUCAAAUGUCUAUGACCAUUUGUAUA